AUGUGUGAAGCCAUAGACAUACGGAAACACGUAGGGGCUUUCGCUAUGGACGUGAUCUCCCGGUGCGCGUACGGCAUAGACGUGGAGUCCAUCAAAAACCCUAACCAUCCGCUGGUACUCAACGCCCGCAAGAUAUUGAGUGUCGACGCGAGCAUUGGUAUCGUCGUGUCGGCGCUGUUCCCGGCGUUGGGACGGCUAAUAGGCGCCGAACCCUUCGAUAUGAGCGCCUGUCGUUAUUUCGAUGACUUGACCAAAAAGAUCAUCGAUGAACGCAAACUACAUAAUAAUCAUAAAGCUAAUAGUAUUUCCAAACGUCGCACAGAUUUCAUACAAUUGAUGAUAGACUCGGAAAAGUCGGACAAAGACUUCGGAUACGACUCUAUCAGUGAUGGGGAACCGGACGACAAAAGCACUGAACAGACAUUUAAAAAGCCAUCAGGGACAUUGUCUAUUGAUGAAAUGGUAGCCCAGGGUAUCCUAUUUUUCGUCGCCGGCUACGAUACUACCAGUGCCGCCCUAACCCACGCCAUAUACUACUUAACCCAACACCCGGAGUGUCAACAGAAACUGUACGAUGAGUUGAAAACAUGCGAUGAGUUUACGUACGAAAAGUUGGUUCACUUGAAGUACUUGAAUGCAGUCAUCAAUGAGACCCUACGAUUCGCGCCGUCGUUUUUACGAUUAUUUCGGGUAUGUGUUGAGGACUACCCCCUCGGAAAUACAGGUAUUACAAUACCAGCUGGUACUUCUAUGACUGUUAGUACCUACACAUUGCACCGGGAUCCUAAAUAUUGGGACAACCCUAAUGACUUCUUACCUGAACGUUGGAUUCAACCUAAACACCAUCCCUACGCCUAUAUGCCAUUUGGUGGUGGACCUAGGUUAUGCAUU